AUGAAACAUUUCAUCGAAGUUUACAAUUCCUCAACACAUUCUACAACAGGGCAUACACCAAAUUCAAUGACACAACAACAAGAAGAAAAGUAUAUACAAAAGAAACGAAGCCAAACACAAAAUAUCAGAAAUUCAACACAAUUUACCCUCAUUCCUGGUACAAAAGUUCGUGUAGUUCUUGACGACAAACCGUUGACAAAGAAACGUUUAAGGUUAAGUAGAAACUAUUAUAUCGUAGACUCUACGCAAGGUAAUGGAUAUCUUAUAAAAGCUGCUGACGACUCUAUUGCGUUUUACCCUCGUCACAAAUUAGUCGAAAGUAGUAAUGGCAAACUUGCUGAAACCAUUGACGAAGCAAAGCGAGGAGUGGUUAUUGAAAUACUUGGCUACAACAUAAACGAUGACACUUAUAAAGUAAGAUAUGAAGGAGGCGUUGAAGAUGUUAUACCAUCUAAGAACUUGAGAGAGUCAAAGCCAACACAUCUGGGACCAUUAGAGCGGGAGUACUGGAAAGACAAAAAUAAGCCAGAAAGAAUAAGAAAAUUCUUCUAA